GCGCAGCGGGGAGAGGAAAGUGGAGCGGGGGAGACGCUGCGAGAAGAGUGUCAAUCUACCACAAGGGCGGCUCCGGUGCAGCAAACAACCAUCAUGAGAUGGGUGGACAACGCAGCUCAAAAGAAGUUGGACAUUGCAUGGGCAGAGGCAAUGUUCUGGGCGGGAAUCGCGUUCAAUUUUUUGAACUUCGACACCACUCUCAAACUAAAUGAGGUGUAUUUGGAGGUUGCUAGCGCACGACCAAAGGUGAAAUUGCCUUCUGCAAAGCACAUCCGGACGGUGAUGCUCGACUUCAUCUUUUUGCACAUUCAAAAUCAAGUGCAGCCUCUGACUGCAUGUUGGGAUGUCACGGGCUGCACUUUCAUCACAAACGGGUCGACCGAUCAGAGGGGAAGACCUGUCAUGAAUUUCUUGGCGGCGGGGGAGCAAGGAGAGGUGCUGGUGGCAACAGUGUCGAUGGAUGGAAAGAAGAAGACCGGACCAGCACUGGCCAAACUUUGGGAGAAGAUAAUGAGGGAGAUCGGGCUGCAAUGCAUCAAUGCAAUUUGCACCGACAAUGCGGAGGUGAACAAGAAGGCCGCGCAGAUUUUGGAGUGGCGCACGAACUUGCAAUCAGACUCGUUCUCAAACACACUUUUCCGCUCGCUGCUACGGGACAUCAACAAGUUCGAUUGGAUCAAGGGCACGGUGAAGCGGAGCCACACCAUUGUCAAGUUUAUACGGAACAAGCACUGCACACAUAGCCUAAUGAUGUCGUUGGACGACUCAUUAUUGCUCUUGCGACCGACCGAGGUCCGUUUUGGGUCGGUCUACAUGAUGAUGGAGCGGUGGUACGAUCGGAGGGCGAUUUUGAAGCAGAUGGUCGAAGGGAGCCUAGUCGGGAGAUGGAAGGCGAUGCGGUGGUCGACGACCAAGCUGCAGUCCAAAGCGGAUCUUGUCUUCUUCACAUCGCGGAGUGAGGGUUGGUGGCCCGAGUUGAAGAAGGUGGUGGCGGUGAUGGAGCCAUUGUAUGUAUUGCUUCGGAGGAUGGACAAGGACGGGACCGCCCCGUCAAACCUUGUGGAGUACGACCGGCUAUUGGAAAGGAUUCUGGCGGAGGUCGUGCUGGCGGGGGAGCAGCGACGUACGGUGCUCGAGAAGGUGAGGGACCGCAUGAAGAUGAUGCGGCAACCGGGACACGCCUUGGCUUUUCUUCUCGACCCGCGGAGGAGAGAGCCGAAGUGGUUGUUGGACCGGGACAUCGCACUUGUGCAGAAUGCAUUCUCGCCAUCGGAGUGGUGGGCAACUCAUGUCGGCGAUGUGCCGGAGCUGCAGGCCAUUGCCAUGAAAGUAAUGGGCAUGUGUAGCACGGUGACUCCGGCGGAGCGGAAUUGGUCUUCGAUGGACUUGGUCCACUCGAAGCGGCGGAAUCAGUUGAACCCCUCAACCUUGGAGAAGUUGGUGUAUAUUCACUGGAAUAUACAGCUGCUGCACUCCGAGAAAAACUUGAAGGACGUCGGCUACAUCGACUUGUGGGCACAGUUCUUCGAGUCUCUUCCGGAGCCUGAGGCGGACGAUCGUUAUAUUUUGAAGGACCCGGUGGAGGAGAAGGACAAGACGGAGGAGGAGCUGGUGCAGGAACGGGCCUUCAUCAAGACACCAAAGGGUCGGAUUCUGAAGAGCCUCGAAGACGAGGAGGAGGAGGAGGACUGCACCGAUGACAACGACCUUGACGACGAGGUGUGGAAGGGGAAGACUUCAUGGUCGGAAGCAUCUAGCGAAGGGGAAGUUGAUGAGUCAUCGGACGAUGACUUUGAGUUGGAAAUCCCGUCGUCAAUCCCGUGCACUACAUAUGUCGGGAGGAGGGAAGCAGCACAGCGCCGUCGAGAACGGCCACCCACAACACCAUCUCAAUGCAUGGCGAACACCACAGCGCAUUACAGCAUCCAAUCGGAUAUCGAGGUACCACAGACUGACACCGACAUGGAGAUGACGCUUCACCGCAGUCCAAUCAACACAGAUGAGGAGGAGGCCGACCGUGCAAAGGCAUGGGCUGAUGCGGAUCAAGAACGGGUGCAAAGGAGAAUGAGGGAGGAGGAGGAGCGACGCGCAACGAUACCAACCCGUAGAGAAUUGGAGAAACUGAAGAAGAAGGUUGGAGAGCAAGAAUCGGAGCCAGUGGGGAAUACGGGCCCGCUAGAGGAGGAGAAAGACGAGGCGAUGGGCCAGCGAGAGGAGGAGGCAGAACACGAGAUUGGCCAGCCACGGGAGGAAGAAGAAAAGAUGGAGGAGCAAGAGGAGGGAGAAGAAGAGGCUGGCAUGGAACAGCAAGAAGAGGAGGAAGAGGAGGGAGAAGAAGAGGCUGGCAUGGAGCAACGAGAGGAGAUGGAACAGGAGCAAGGGGAGUGCACAAAACAGCAAGAAGAGGAGCUGGAGAGGAGCAGCAACAAAAAAAGACGGCGAACAUCGAGGAGAAGGAGCAGCAGCAUGCACCGAUGACCGUGUACAAGCGUCGGAAGCAAACUGUGGAGGCUGCUGGCUCACCGAAAAAUUCCCCCGAUUUCCCAGCCAGCAACGCGGAAGCCCAACACG